UUUUCAUGGCAACUUUCACGAAGAAACUUGCUCAACCCAAACCCAACAGACUCAGAUAUCCAGACCGUCGUUCUGUUUACUGGCUGGAUCAGAUGCCACCAGAGAGUACUGGAUCCAUCACCAAAAUCGAGUUAACCCCUCACUGGUCGGAGCUAUGUAGAAAUAAAACAUUCUACAGUCAAGUCACUGUCUUCCCCCUACCUUCCUUUCCCUUCCUCUUCCUCUUUUAUGUCUUAUCAACUUCCUUUUUAACUUUCUGUAUCCUCAUUUAUCCACGCUCUCAUUACUCUCUUCCUUUCCUCAGAAUUUCUCCCGAGUGGGCGGUGAGCGGCGCAGCUCUCCGGGCCGUCCCCUCAGAUCGCCUCUGUGCUCUGGCUCUACCUCCGACUCCUGCGGUCGGCUGGCAGCCUGAACGCCCUCUGCUUAGCCCUUUGAACAGAGGGACGCAGACGGCAGUCGCCACUUCACGAAUUUGCCAGCUUGCCCAACCGAAACGAAGGCCAGUUCUGGAGGGUUGUAGCCCCAAAUCUAAACUUUUACCUUUGACCCACAUACCCUACAAAGCAUCAGCACACAUAGAACUACUGGCUACCCCUAAGCACGACCACCCUAAGUUUGAAGGGCAGCGCUCCGUCUGCUGGCCCGUCUCCAGAGCGGCGAGAAACUGCUCGGCCAGCCAUAGACUUCUCGAGCUGUGCGGGCCAAAGAGGAAGGCUCUGUUCGAGGGGUACGACCCGAACAUCGUUAGCCGGGCGGCCCGCUCUGCCAGCCCCUCGCCUCGGAUUCAACAGCUGUGUCUACCUCUGCCUCGCAAAUGCGCCUCAAACUAGGAGGGAUGGGGUUUGAUUCCAAAAAUGUGUAUUGUUCUCAUUUUCCUCAUUGUGAUAAAAGUAGUUUUCAGUCAAAA